CGCCCAGAGGCCCUCGGGUGUCUGUUUCUCAACUGAACUCACUCUUCUCCAACUUCACUAUUUCCUGCACAACUACUAGAGACCAUUCGUUUGCCAUUCAUGUCCUCAGUUCGACUUUUGUCCCGCGUUCUCCAAGUGUCUCUACGCAAUCAAAGUCGACGUCCACUCACAGCUCGAUUCAUUCCAGCCCGAGCCAUUCCAGCCAUCACAACUGCAGCUGCCUCGCAAGCAACGAGAAGUAUGGCGUCCUCGGCCCGCCGUGUAGAGUCCCACGAGAUCCCCAGCAUCCAUGACCUCUACGACGAGGGCGUACUCCCCGAGGAGGGCUUCGGCGUGACAGACUCCUAUAAGCAAACGCUCCCCGUUGUCGUCGACGGCGACUCUAAUGCUUUCCCAACCCCCUCGUCUGAGCUCAACAAGCGCAUUGCCAUCCACCACGGAGACAUCACCAAACUUCAGGUCGAUGCCAUUGUCAACGCCGCAAACAACUCCCUUCUUGGUGGCGGAGGCGUAGAUGGUGCCAUCCAUUGUGCCGCCGGCUCCCAGCUGGUUCGCGAGUGCCGCACCAAGGGUGGAUGUGACACGGGUGACGCUGUCAUGACUGACGCCUAUGACUUGCCUUGCAAAAAGGUCAUCCACACGGUCGGUCCUGUCUAUUCAUCGGGGAACCACCAGGAGUGCGAGAAACUCCUCAUCUCCUGCUAUCUACGCUCUCUGCAGAUAGCAGCAGAGGCUGGACUCACCACCAUCGCUUUCCCCGCCAUCAGCACCGGCAUCUACGGUUAUCCGAGCACAUAUGCAGCUCAAGCAGCCCUUGGUGCCAUUCGUCAUUUCCUGCUAGAUCCCAAGACACCGGCCACAAUCACAAAGGUCAUUAUUGUCACUUUCGCCCCCCAGGAUACGCGUGCCUACCACAAAUGGCUACCGACGUACUUCCCUCCCUCAAUUUGAAAACCUGGGAGG